AUGGAUCCCAGCUCCUAUAAACUUUAUCAUGAACAUGGAUUCGAUUCCAGACAACAACUGGAGAGUUACUUUUCAGAUCAACAAGAAAUAGUCUUUGGAGAGGAUGUCUUAAAAUUCCCCAUUGAAAAUCUUGCCAAAACUUUCACAAUGGGUCAUAUUAAAGGAGAUGUCCUCGUUGACCUUAGCCUUGGUCCUUUGGUUCAUCACCUCUAUGCCGCCUGUGAGUUCUUCAAACACAUCAUAGUCCUGAAGGUCAGUGACAGAUGCAUCAUGGAGCUGAAGAGAUGGCUGGACACACGGACAGGAGCAUUUGAUUGGGAACAUGCUGCAAAACUUCAUGUGGACUUAAUAGGAAACAGUGACCAGUUACAGGACAGAGAAGGAAAAGUGAGAUCAGCAGCUCAACAUGUUAUGAAAUGUGACCUUGAGAAGGAAAAUAUGACUGAUCCGAUAGUUUUACCACCAGCAGAUUGUAUCAUCAGUGUUUGGUUCCUAGAAGCUAUCUGUAAAGACCAAGAUGAUUACAGGAGAUAUCUCAGGAAGUUCUCAGAGAUGCUAAAACCUGGAGGACAUCUUAUAUUAAUUGGGGCUUUAGAUGUAACAUAUUUCACAGUUGGGAAAGACAAGCUUCAUGCUUUCCCAUAUGAUGAGGAUUUUGCCAGGAAAUCUCUAGUUGGAGAAGGUUUUGUUAUUGAUUUCUGUAAGGUUAAGGCGAGAACGGCUGUGAGUGACCUAUCUGACUAUAAAAGUGUUAUAUUUAUUGCAGCUCACAAGAGUUUAUGUGUAGAGUCUAAAAGAAGUAAUUCAACAUUAAGUAUAAUAAUAAAUAAAUAA